AUGGCAUCGGAAACAAUUCCAGAAACCCCAUACUAUACCCUAGCAGAGGGUCAACCUCUUGCGAAGAAUGACACAUCGACUCAGAUACGCACCAGCAGCGGUGGCGGAUUUGUUCUGCUUACAUCAACUCAGCUAAUCGAAAACCUGGCGCAUUUCUCUCGGGAGAGAAUCCCGGAGAGGAGUGUACAUGCUAAAGCUGGCGGGGCCAGAGGGUAUUUCGAGGUUACAGAUGAUAUAUCUGAUCUUACUGAUGCCGACUUCUUAACCGGUAUCGGUAAGAAGACAGAUGUCCUUGCCCGGAUUUCUACUGUUGCCCCCGAGCGAGGAUCUGCAGAUACCGUGCGAGACUUUCGAGGAUUCGCUAUGAAGUUCAAGACGGCGCAGGGAAACCAAGACUUUGUGUUCAACAACCAGCCAGUUUUCUUUGUUCGAGACCCUACGAAGUUCCCAUCGUUGAACCGCAGUCACAAACGAGAUCCUAGGACUAAUGUCGCCAGCUCGGACAUGUUCUGGGAUUUCCACAUCAACAACCAGGAGAGUAUCCAUGCCCUGAUGUUCGUAUUUGGGGAUCGAGGUCUUCCAUCAUCAACACGACAUGUGAAUGCCUAUAGUGGAAACACGUACACGUUCACCAAAUCUGACGGCACGUACUGUUACGUCCGAAUUCACUUUCUAACAAACCAGGGGAUUCAUUACUUCACCGACGAGGAGGGAGCUAAGGUAGCCGGGUCCGAGCCUGAUAGACAUCUUAUAGAUCUCCAAGAUUCAAUCAUGUCGGGUAACUUCCCCUCGUGGGACAUGUACGUACAAGUCAUACGCUCGGAAGAUAUUGGAGAUGCGCCUGUGGACAUUUUCGACAUGACGAAGACCUGGCCGCUUGGUAAAUACCCGCGACGCAAGGUUGGCCGUAUGGUGCUUGAUAAAAACCCGUCGAACUGGUUUGCGGAGAUUGAGCAGGCUGCGUUCAGCCCGAGUAAUAUGGUUGCAGGCAUCGAGCCAAGUCCAGACCCAAUGCUGCAGGCUCGUAUGUUCGCCUACCCCGACGCCGCUCGCUACCGACUCGGAGCAAACUAUCAGUUCCUACCUACCAACGCAUCAAAGAGUGAAGUCUACUGCCCGAUUGAGAGGGACGGCUCUAUGAACUUUACCUCUAAUUACGGAGGCGAUCCUAAUUAUGUGGGAACGAAACUAAAGCCGGUUAAGUUCCUUCGCCCUAGGAACAAUAAUCGAGACGGGGUAGACGGAAAUACUCCGAAAGGAGAUGCAAGUAGACUCGAUCGACCACUCCCUGAAAGCGGAAUGCCUGUGGUGUUCUCCUCGGAGGUAACGGAGAAAGACUUCGAGCAGUCAACAGCGCUGUGGAAUUUAAUGGGUAAGCAGGAGGGUGCCCAGCAGCGAUUCGUAGACAAUUUGUCUGCUCACCUCAGCGCCGUGCAGACACAGUGGAUCAGAGAGGAAGCCUAUGCGAUGUUCAGGAGAGUUGAUGAAAGGCUUGGACAAUUGGUGGAGAGCGCAACGGAGGCCACUAUCAAGGGCAAGGAGAGCCUCCAUACGCCGACAUGGCACUAA